GGCCAUUAUAUAAUUCUCUAAAAACUUUGAAAAUGGCGACGAUAGCGCUUCGUAGGAGAGUGGCGUAUGACUGUCAAAUAAUUUGUAGAUGUUUGUGCUCAAAUGCCACCAAAGCAGAGAAAUCUAAUAGAAUGAAUACAAAAGAACUUGUUGACAAAAUAAUAAGGGUGGAUCAUGCUGGAGAAUAUGGAGCAGACAGGAUAUAUGCAGGCCAAAUGGCGAUAUUGGGAAGAGAUGGUUCAACCGGAGAACUUAUUCAGAAAAUGUGGGAUGAUGAGAAAGCUCAUCUUAGGAAAAUGAAAAGUCUUAUGAUUGAAAACAGGGUUAGGCCAACAUUCCUCUUACCAUUUUGGAACAUAGCUGGAUUUGCAUUAGGUGCUGGAACUGCAAUGCUUGGAAAGGAGGCUGCUAUGGCAUGUACUAUUGCAGUAGAAGAAGUUAUCGGUGACCAUUAUGACAGCCAGCUACGUGAACUUUUAAGUGAUGACCCUGAAACUCAUAAAGAACUACUUGAGAUAAUACACAAAUUCCGAGAUGAAGAAAUGGAACACCACGACAUCGGAAAAGAACAGGAUGGGGAGAAGGCCCCGUUUUAUAGUGUCAUGAAAGCAGUUAUUCAGACUGGAUGCAGAACAGCAAUAUGGCUUUCAGAGAGGAUAUGAUGAGUCACAAAAUCUGCCAACAUUUUUCUUCCUGUCUUCUUAGUAUGCACACAGAUCAUUGCUUUUGUUAUAUGAAAUUUCUAAUUUAAUAUGAAUGGUUUUA